AUGGACACCCAGAUGGACACCGAUUUGGGCGAAGAGAAAGGUGAAGAAGGAGAACAAGAAAGAGAAAUCGAACCAUCGAAAACGCUCAUCAGCAACGUCUCUUUGAUUAAGAAAUCCGUGGAGAGUAAAGGCGAACCGCGAUUUAUCGCGAGCGUGUUCAGACAAACGCACAUGGUGAGAACGAAAUUGACCGCAGAAGGUAUCUGCGCGUUUAUAGAGGCCGUCUUACCCAGCGAUUCGGAAUCCGCGACGACGUUGAAACAGUUUUUGAAAGCAAAGAAAACAGAGACGAAGAAAGUAAAAGAGGAGGAAGACGACGACUCUGGAGAAAAAUUAAAAUCCGAACUCCCAGAGACGGAAAUCUAUUGCUACGUCCUCGCGCUCAUGCACAUGAUCGACGCGAAAGAUGCGAAUGCCAUUCAAUUGUCCGAGAUUUGUUUGCAACGACUCUCUUCGUUCAAUCGACGAACGUUGGACGCGUUUGCGGCGAAGGUGUAUUUUUACUACUCGCUGGCGCACGAACGUUUCGGUAAUAUACGAGACGCGAGACAGACGUUGUUGGCGUUGCAUAGGCAAGCCACGUCUCGGUUAGACGCGAUUGGACAAGAGACGACUUUGAACCUGUUGCUGAGAAAUUACGUGUCGUUGAAACAGUACGAGUUAGCGGAGCAACUUCGAUCGAAAACGGUGUUGCCGAGCUCGAGGUCCUCGGCGCAACAGUGUAGAUAUUUGUACUACCUCGGAAGAAUUCGAGCGAUUCAGUUAGAGUACACGGAGGCAAAAGAGUGCUUGACGCAAGCGUUGCGUAAAGCGCCGAACAACGCCGCCUGGGGGUUUAAACUCAUCUUGACGAAGUGGAUUUGUAUCGUGCGUUUGCUUUUAGGAGAGAUUCCGGAGAGAAAAUUUCUUUCGAGCCCGAGCGAGAUGCGCUCGAAGUUGUUGCCGUACUUUGAAUUGACGAGUGCAGUGCGCGCCGGAGACUUGCACGAGUUUGCUCUCGUCGUGGAGAAACACAAAGCAACUUUUGAGAAGGAUAACGUGUUCAACUUGAUCACGCGAUUACGACGCAACGUCAUCAGAACUGGCUUAGCUAAAGUAAACGUCGCGUACUCCAAAAUUUCUUUGAACGACAUCGCGUUGAAAUUGGGCUUACAGAAAGACGUCGACAUGAAUAACACUACUAGUAAUAACAUUAACAGCGAAGGCGCGAUUGAGUGCGUGGUGGCUAAAGCCAUCAGAGAUGGGGCGGUAGACGCGCAGAUUGACUUUGAAACGGGCAUCAUGACCUCGAAUGAAACCAAGGACGCGUACAGCACUUCGUUACCGGGUGAAGUUUUCCAUCAAAGAGUCGCGUAUUGCUUGGACGUCCACAACGAGUGUCAGCGAGCGAUGCGAUACGCGGAAAAAGGUUCGACCAAAACGAACGAAACGAAGGAAGAGCGCAUGAAGCGUUUAGAAGAUGAAGAGGCGUUGCGCGAGUUUAUGGAAGAGGAAGACGAUUACUUCUAG